AUGGCUCCCGUAGCAAAGAAAGGUGCCGCCGCCAAGGGUGGUAACAAGAAGGCCAAUGCCGCUGCUAAGGCUACCUUGAAGGGUGUUCACUCCCACAAGGUCCGCAAGGUCCGUCUCUCGACCACCUUCCACAGACCUAAGACCCUCCAACUCUCCCGUGCACCAAAGUACCCACGUACUUCCAUCGUUUCCCAACCCCGUCUCGAUGAGCACAAGGUCAUCAUCCACCCAUUGAACACCGAGAGCGCCAUGAAGAAGAUCGAGGAGAACAACACCCUUGUCUUCAUUGUCGACAUCAAGGCCAACAAGGCUCAAAUCAAGGAGGCCUUGAAGAAGCUUUACGACAUUGAUACCGUCAAGAUCAACACCCUCAUCAGACCUGAUGGAUCCAAGAAGGCCUUCGCCCGUCUUACUGCUGAUGUUGAUGCUCUUGACAUUGCUGCCACCAAGCUCGCCAUUGUCUAA